AUGGCCACCUUCGCGUGGUCCGUAGACGAGAUGCCCGGCAUCAGUCCGGAAGUUAUCUCCCACGAGCUGAAUGUGGACCCUACGUUCCGACCUGUAAAGCAGAAGCGAAGGAAGCUGGGUCCUGAGCGAGCUGAAAUCGUUAAUAAAGAGGUUGAACGUUUACUGAAGGCAGGACAGAUACGCGAAGUAAAGUACCCUGAGUGGCUCGCAAACACAGUGGUAGUCAAAAAGAAGAAUGGAAAGUCACGAGUCUACGUUGAUUUUACCGACCUGAAUAAGGCGUGCCCCAAAGACAGCUUUCCACUACCGCAUAUCGACCGGCUAGUUGAGUCCACUUCGGGUCAAGAGCUGAUUUCUUUCAUGGAUGCUUUCUCUGGCUACAACCAAAUCCUUAUGAACCCGGACGACCAGGAGAAGACUAGACUGGUGAAUCGAAUGUUCGAGCAUCAACUCGGAAAGACCAUGGAAGUCUACAUCGAUGACAUGCUGGUAAAAUCAAUGGAAGCUAGCUCGCAUCUCGCUGAUCUGAAAGUCUGCUUCGACAUCCUGAAUCAGUUCGGGAUGAAGCUUAACCCCACUAAAUGCACAUUUGCAGUCCCAUCAGGGGAAUUUCUGGGGUACAUCGUCACAGAAAGAGGAAUUGAAGCGAACCCAAGGCAGAUUAAUGCUUUCCUGUCUAUGAGUUCUCCUAGGACCUUGCGCGAGGUGCAACAUCUUAACGGACGGAUCGCAGCUCUCAACCGCUUCAUUUCUCAAUCUACGGACAAAUGCCUCCCUUUCUACCAGCUGUUACGGAAAGGGGGAAAAAACUUCUUAUGGGAUGUGAAAUGCGAGGAGGCGUUCGCUCAGCUUAAAGCCUAUCUAUCUGAAUCACCGGUCUUGGCUAAGCCUGAGUUCGGUGAGCCGCUCUUUCUUUACGUCGCCGUAUCGGACAGUGCGGUCAGCGGAGUCUUGGUUCGUGAGGAAAGGGGGGAGCAGCGACCAAUUUUCUAUAUCAUCAAGUCAUUUACUGGGGCGGAGUCCAGGUACCCUAUGAUGGAAAAAUUGGCCCUAGCAGUAGUCACUUUGGCAAGAAAACUGCAGCCUUACUUCCAGUCCCAUACAAUCAUAAUCCUGACGACGCAACCACUACGGACGGUAUUACAUAGUCCGAGCCAGUCCGGGAGGCUAGGUAAAUUGUCUGUUGAGUUGAGUGAAUACGACAUCGAGUUCCGGACUCGAACUUGUGCAAAGGCGCAAGUGCUGGCUGAUUUCUUGAUCGAACUCCCACUAGCCUCUUCGGUUAGCAACAAUGUCGAAGUCCCAUGGACGUUGUAUGUCGACGGCGUUUCUUCCAAGUCGGGAGCAGGAAUUGGGGUCCGCCUCGCUUCCCUUACAGGCGAAGUGAUCGAGCAGUCAUUUCGCUUGGCUUUCGGUGCGUCCAACAAUGAAGCCGAGUACGAAUCCUUCCUUGCUGGUUUACGCCUCGCAGUAGGGAUUGGUGUCCGAAAACUCCGAGCUUUCUGCGAUUCACAGCUGGUCACCAACCAGUUUUUGGGGGAGUACGAGACAAAGGAUGGUCGUAUGGAGGCUUAUUUGUCCACAGCUCGGGAACUAGUCACUAAGUUCGAGGAUUUUGAAAUCACUAAGAUCCCACGAAGUGAAAACUCCGCUGCGGACGCUUUAGCAUCUUUGGCGUCCACUUCGGAUCCCGCGACGACCAGGAUUAUCCCCGUCGAAGUUAUCCAAUAUCCGAGCAUUCGACUAGAAAACUCAAACGUCGUCACCCGGGCAAUGAAAAAGCAGCUGGCCGCAGAGGAGGCAGCUGGCAAGACGUCUGCGGACUCUUUGCCACCAAAGGACCCAGCCCCCGUUAUGCCUACUCCAAUGGAUGUUCACCCACCUCUGGCAGAGCUAGACGCGAGUCAAAUUCCGGAACCGGCAAGCUCACCGGUUGCCAAUCAAGCUGUUAUCCCACAUGCUACUUUGGGCGGCACGAAUUCUAACAGCUGGGGGGCAGAUGACUGGCGGAGCCCGAUCUGGGCUUACUUGGAAAAAGGGGAACUCCCAGCCGACAAAUGGGCAGCUAGGAAACUCAAGGUUGUCAGUGCGCGGUACUGCGUUCACAAUGGAAUACUUCUACACCAAAGUGUAGCUGGUCCGUAUCUAACAUGCGUGGCUGGUAGUGAGCCUGCGAUGCUAAUGCGAGCUGUUCACGAUGGUCCCAAUGGAAAUCACUCUGGAGGUCGGACUCUGGCUUUUAAAAUCAAAAGGCAAGGUUACUUCUGGCCUACCAUGGUCACGGACUGCGAAAGAUAUUCUCGAGCUUGUGAGAAGUGUCAGAAGCACGCCCCGUCAAUUCAUCAACCUGCCCAGCUCCUGUCUUCGGUGUCCGCACCUUACCCAUUCAUGAGGUGGUCUAUGGAUAUCAUCGGUCCAUUACAUCGAGGACCAGGAGGAGUUCAGUACGUGCUCGCUCUUACCGACUAUUUCUCCAAGUGGGUAGAAGCGGCAGCCUAUGCAAAAGUAACAAGUGACGAAGUAGAGCAGUUCGUGCUUAAAAGCAUAAUCUAUCGGUAUGGCGUCCCGUGUGAAAUCGUCACGGACAAUGGUCCACAGUUCAUCUCCUCGAAGUUCGAAGNUGGAAUACUUCUACACCAAAGUGUAGCUGGUCCGUAUCUAACAUGCGUGGCUGGUAGUGAGCCUGCGAUGCUAAUGCGAGCUGUUCACGAUGGUCCCAAUGGAAAUCACUCCGGAGGUCGGACUCUGGCUUUCAAAAUCAAAAGGCAAGGUUACUUCUGGCCUACCAUGGUCACGGACUGCGAAAGAUAUUCUCGAGCUUGUGAGAAGUGUCAGAAGCACGCCCCGUCAAUUCAUCAACCUGCCGAGCUCCUGUCUUCGGUGUCCGCACCUUACCCAUUCAUGAGGUGGUCUAUGGAUAUCAUCGGUCCAUUACAUCGAGGACCAGGAGGAGUUCAGUACGUGCUCGCUCUUACCGACUAUUUCUCCAAGUGGGUAGAAGCGGCAGCCUAUGCGAAAGUAACAAGUGACGAAGUGGAGCAGUUCGUGCUUAAGAGCAUAAUCUAUCGGUAUGGCGUCCCGUGUGAAAUCAUCACGGACAAUGGUCCACAGUUCAUCUCCUCGAAGUUCGAAGAGUUCUGCGCGAAGUGGAAAAUUCGACUCAAUAAGUCAACUCCUCGUUACCCACAAGGUAAUGGGCAAGCCGAGGCGAUGAAUAAGGUCAUACUUGCCAACUUGAAGAAACGGCUCGAUGCUCGCAAGGGGCGCUGGCCGGACGAACUUUAG